AUGGUAGACCAAAUGAAGCUUCUGAAAUGGGGAAACCCAAGGCUUUUUUCAGAUUCUGUUUGUGACUAUUAUCCGACGAGUUAUGACGAUUUGAACGCGUGGCUUGAGCGCGAUCACAACCUCCCGCGGCUUGAAGUGCCCAUGGCAGGUCCCACACAAGUGGAUUUGCUGGAUGCUGUGCUUUAUGGGAAAGAGGGCGGAGAUCUCGAUCUGAAGCACAAACUACAGGCCGAAUACGCCUUGUUUCAGGCAAGUUCUGGCAGUUUGAAGGCAGAACAGCAACAACAACAACAACAAGACACAAAUAAGGACGGUAAAAAUGAAGUUUUGCGCUUGGUACAACUGCUAGGAUCUUUGGCUUUGGACGAGAACACUCUGGAAUCACUUUGGCGUGUUCAGCGCGAUUCUAACGAUCCUGAAAAGGACUCGAUUCCAAGCCCAUCUGCAAGCAGGAAUGUACAACAGAAACAAUUGGACGAAGUGACCUCUUACUUAAUUUCAAGUGCGCUACAGCGUGACAUUGAUCUCAAGCCACCACCACGGGAUUUGGCUCCCCAGGAUGAUGUUGAGUUUGUUAAACAAUGCAUUGACGCUUUGAUGAACGUCGUAGUGAAAUCCAGCACAACUGGCGGCUCCCCGCCGCCAGAAAAUCAAAAUACAGAAUCAAACGAUGACACCGCCACAGCAUUGAAGGACUUGCAACUGGCCCACAGCUUUCUCACAAAGAAAUUCGAAAAUGAUAGAAAUGAGUACAUUCACAGCAUAGAGAAACUAAACAGAACCCAUAAAGAACUGGUUCAAGAAAACGCCUCCCACACUGCCAAAAUAGCAAGCUUGGAAGGCAAGUGCAAGAGCUUGGAGCAGCAAAGAGACAUUAUGUCGAAGCAUAUGGAAAGCUUUUCCGCGUCCAUUACCCCAACUAACAAUUUGACAUCUCCUCUGUCAAGCCCCGACUCUACAACCAGCAAUGGAAAUUCUUAUUCGAUCGGUGCAAUAAGAGCAGAAUUUAAGAAAAUACUCACCGAAACCCGUUUGAGGCACGAAGAGGAGCUUGAUCGUGAGCGUUCUUUGCGUAAGAUACUCGAAAAGGAACUGGGGCGAUAG